AUGGUAUUGAAAAAUGAAAUAAAUGGCAAAUCUUCGAAUCUGAAUACAUCGUUAAUCUCAAGUUGCACGCUUUUAGCAGAACUUCGUAAUCUAUCCCGUAGAUCUCGAAAGAAGAAACGGCUUGGCAGUUAUAAGGAUGAAGAGUUUACCUGUGAUAUUCGUUUUAUGUCGCUAAGUGCUUUUCCAGUCACUGAUCUCGUACGUUCUGUCUGGACUGCUGUGGAUGUUCCUCCUGCCGUUGGAGUUAUUGCUGGCUGUUCGGAUGGUUACCUAAGGUACAACUGAUUGUUUCAUGAAUAGCGAGCAAAAAAAUGCCCGUAUGAACUUUUGUUAUUUUACUGUUUUGUAUUAUUUCAGGUUUUAUGUAUUUGACUAUGAAGUAAAGAAUUUUACAGUAAUUGGUCAGGGAACAUGGAACGAAAGAUGCGUGCUUUGUGUUGGUCACUUUUUCCACAUUGUCUCAACACAAUCACGACUUAUUGUCUACGCUUCGGACACAGCAGGCUACAUCAGCUUCUGGGACGUAACGCAACUCUAUAUUGAACAUUUCUCGCGUCAAAGAGAAGAUAUCGAUGAUACAGACAUUUUAGAAGAGAGGUUUAACUCUAUGAACACAGGUGACGCUUGCGUCCUUGGCAACCAAAGAUUAGAAACGGAAAAUGAUUUUAGUUCAUCAAAGAAUUCUAGUUCUCAAAAUUCUGUGGCAGAUAAUCCAAACAAGAUCAAGUCAAAGAAAGAUUUUAUACGACCAUUUUAUUCUCAUAAGCUGCAUCAGUCUGGAGUGAAUUCCAUCAGCUUGAUGACAAAAGGUGAAACAGCCUAUUUAAAACUAAUCUAUAAGCAAAUUUUUUUAGAGUGGUUUCUUUAUUAGUUUUUAAAAAACUGUGUUUUCUUUUGAAUCCCAGUAUGAAUAAAGAUUUAUAUUAACUUCAAUCGUAGUGUAUAGCUCUAGAAGUUUUAAAGUGUUCUCCUAGACCAUCCUGCAUGCAGGGGACAAUGUAUAAUUAUUGCGUUUUGCUUUCAGAGAACGACAAGUACUUGCUAUGCAGUGGUGGUGAUGAUGGCGCUGUGGCAUUUGCCUCGUUUAAAAUUCAGGCAGUGAAUGAUGAAGUGGAUAUUUGCUCUUGGAAUAUGGUUUCCAUUCCCAAUGCCCACACAUCGGCUGCGACUGGUAAGUCACUUAAAUGUUGGCGGGUAUAUAGUAAUUUUAAAUUCAUUAUGGACAUUUAGCUAAAUUCUCCACCAUAAAGCCCCUUUCGUAACGUCUUAAAACUGUGUAAAAUUCAUGCAAGGGAUGAUACACGACAACUCCAAUAUGAAAAUGCUGUGCUGAGUGGUUAUAUUACUACCUUAAAACAUAAGCAGAAACUCGACGUUUCGAGCGAAGGCCCUUUGACGAAUUAGCGAAGGCCCUUUCUGCUUAUGUUUUAAGGUAGUAAUAUAACCACUCAGCACAGCAUUUUCACAUUGGUACUACCUACACUGGUACAGACAGUUUAGGACAACUCCAAUAGUCUUCUUUGAAAUCAUUUAUUUGAAAGAGUUAGUUCUGGCCGUCGUCAUCACGUUGUCGUCCUACAUGCUGAAAGUCCCUACUUGUGUCUUGUGUAUAAGCGAUAUUUUGUAUCACAAAACCGCUUCGGAUAAAACAUCAAUUUUGGUCUCACAACAUUGAACAGAUGGGGAUGAGGCAUUAUGUUAUCGUUUCAACUUAUCGGUUCACGAAUUUCCUUCACUGAAUGUGGAUAAAUAUAAAUGCCCGCCUGCAAUCUAAUUUAAAGGUGCAAAACUUUUGAACGACAACACAGCUGUAUCUGCUUCCAUUGAUCAAAGACUGAAAUUAUGGAAAAUCGAUUGGAAUAACGAGGUAUACAUAUUCAGUUUUUUAUAUUAACAAAUUAAUUGGAUCAAAUGUGUACAAUAUGUUUUCAAAUCUAUAAGAAUAUAUGCAAACAAAUAUUUCUAUUAGUGUAUGAUUUUACGGGGCUUCGGUGGUGUUCUCGUCGUAGCAAGUGCCUUUCACUUCUGAGAUCGUGAGUUCAAUUCUCGCUGAGGACUCGUGGCACUUAUGUGAAAAAUAUCAGUCAUCGCGUUGCUAACAGUCGUAGGUUUUCCCAGGGUUUUCCCCCAGGUCCUCCGUUUUCCUCUCGCAGGGAAUGUUGGCAAGAUGGUUUGGGAUAAAUCUCAAACUAACCCUUCCAUCCCAGAUAUGCUCUGUGACAUCAAUCAGCCUGAAUCGCCAUCGGAAUCUUUAUCAGGUUGAGCUGCGUCCAUCAUAAUUCAGCUCAGUUCUCAGCUGUUUAGACAUUUUUGCAAUGGCCUAUUUAAAGGCGAUGCAUGUUGCACGGAAAGACUUCCAACGACGAUUUGUAAUGCAAAUGACGUUACUCGAAAUUUGAUUGUUUGGUUCAUGCGUAUAGCGUUACGAAUCAUUGUUGAAAGUUGUCGCGUGAAAUAUUACCUUAAUUCUUCUUUACCAGUUUUACCUACCACUCAAUGUUUAGAAUAUUAGGAUGUUGGUAGCUGGGCAUGUGUUAGCUGAUUAAGGUGAAAGAUACGCAUUUGUUCUGCAUAUUGUAAUAUAAAUCUUUUGCCAACUACCAUAGUUGGUUUCUUGCUGAGCUUCUCCGUUAUUUUCCGCUUUAGAUAACAAAGUUGUCUGCGGUGACUUUGAUUGAUGCUUACUGGCUUGACGUGGUUGAUGUUCAGGGUAUCGAUGAACAGCGAGAUAGGUUAGUAUUAGUUUAGUAAUGAUUUCCACGCUUCUUUUUUUGGAUUACGGAUAUCUCGACCUUGUAUUUUUAAAAAGCAGAAAAAAUAUGAAUGCCGCUUAUCAGUUUUGAUGUGUUGGGUUUUUUCCAUCCGACCAUAUUGUAGAAAGUAUUGGUAUUUAUUCCAAAAAUAUAAAAUGUGCGAGAAUAAAGUCAGGCCGACGUGCAGGCUAAACCUUCAACACGCAAUUGUCACGUAUGGUCAUGCACUCCACGUGAAUGUGAAGCAUGGCCGAAGGAGGCGAUGUUUACUUCGCUGUACUCUUUGACUUUGGAUGUACAUGUCACUGUGCGUGUGGUAUUAGAUAUUAGACAAUACUUUAUUUUUUUUAUUUUUUGCCCUUCCGCCCUUUAAUAUUGGCGCGGAGCAAAAAUCCGUAAUCCAACAAAAAAAAGCGUGGCCUAUACUUAAGGCUAGAUUCCACUCAGGAAAAUUAUCCAUGGAUUGGAACGGACAAGAAAUUUUUCUUUGUGUUAAAGUCAUUAGUUCCAACCCAGAGCUCACAAGACAAAGAAAAAUUUUCUUGUCCGUUCCAAUCCACGGAUAAUUUUCCUGAGUGGAAACUAGCCUUUAGAGCUACUACAACAUGUCUCAGGACUAGAUGAAUGCAAAAUUAAACCGUGUUCAAAUCCCACUGAUCUCAAAACUAGAACUGGAUAGAGCAUCUGCUAUGCUUACAUGAAGUCAAUGGCAGGCGUACUGUGUGACCACCGCAAAUCUACAGUGGUGUUGCUGACAUUUUGUAAGAGGAUUUAAAGUUGCUGGUAAUUGGUAGGAAUAAAAAAAUACCCAGAGAGAACUUAGUUAUUAGUGGCCUCACUUCUUUCUAGAAUUUGCCAGUGAAUAAUUAAUGAGGUCACACACACUGGGCGCUUUCCAUUUGAACAGAAAACCCAGUUUGCGUUUCCGGAAUGUCCAGUGGCAAAAUGGAACGCCACAGCGUGACAGGCCUUGUAAAUAAUGGGAGGCUUGUUGGGAGCUUUCCAUUUGACAGAAAUUCCAGGAAAUCUUGCUUGAAAAUCAAAUGGAACACGUUAAUUUCUGGAAUGCUGUUUCUUUAAUUUUGAAGAAUUUGACGCCGCCGCUCAAAUCUCGUCUUUCAGCAUUCGGCGAAAUAAAUCCAGACUCGAGGCACCGAAACGGUCGAGAACCCGCCAUUUUGGUUUCGGUGGCGGUUUUUGCUCGUCGAAGACUGGAAAGUAGAAACGUGGUUGGGAAAUUUUUAAUGGAUGUAAAAAUUUCGAAACUUCCGGAAUUUCCAAUUUGUGGACAACCUCGAGAGAUUGUCCGAAAUUUUCGAAACAGCAUUCCAGCACUCUUGUAUAAGCAAAUGUGCAUGCACGUGUAAGAAUCCUCUUUUGAGCUGAAUCUUUGAGCUGAAUCCUCAAAUGUGCAUGCACGUGUAAGAAUCCUCUUUUGUUUAUGUUGCUGUCUAGGAAUGGAUUAUACUACAUUGUAGCAAGCGGAGUUGGACUCAUGAUACUCAGGUAGCUUUAAAUCCGGUUUACAUUUAUAGUCGUGCCGGUUGCGACCAUACCAGGGUGGAAAGACCAUUGCUAGCGUACGCAGAUAUUUUUUGGACUGUACAACACAAUAUGAAACCGCUCGCGUUGUUCGGAGCAGUCAAAUUAAGGUAUACUAAUUAUGAGCGACGUCAGGAAGAUUUUUUCACAAAUUGGUGUGUUUUUAUAAAUGUACAUCACGCAAUAAUUUGUGUUGAAAUCCAACUAAUACUGAAAUAUUCGAUCAUUAUUUUUUGCCUUCAUCUGUCCGUUUGUGGAUUUCUUUUUAAUACAGUGAUGUAUUACGUUCAGCAUAUAUGUAAUUUGUCGUCCUGUGCUUCCAUUUUACAUAGGCUUUAGGCUUAGGCUUGGGUUUUGUGGUUUGAAUACUUACUUAUUUAGGAUAAAAUGUAAAUUAUCACCAGCUUGUGCGUUUCAUGGAUAUCGUGAAUAAUCAGUUUCUUGUCCACGAUAUGCUGUUCAACGAGUUUUGUUAUUUAGCCCUGCUGUGCAAUUCUUGGCAAAUGGAAAAAGUUCAACUUUGUUUAUACGGGCUGUAAGAAUUCAAAUAAAUCGAAAUUUUAUGAAGCCGUUCAAAGAAUUCUCUGUUUGUUUCGAAUUCGGACGUGAAAGCCGUAGAUAAGCCAUAUUGCUUUUGACUUGAACUUGUAUUUUUUCUCAUGUAAAAAUACAAUUUUUAUAACUCGAAUAUAUUUUUAAUGUUUUCAAAUUAAACCGAACGAAUCGCCAGCGGGUUAUUUUGACUUACGUCUUUCAAUUAUAUAUUAAAUCAGAGCAUAGUUUAUGAUCAGAGGUGAUGUAAAUCAAAAUAAACCGUUAGUGAUUUGUUCGUCUUAACUGAAAACAUUAAAAAUGUGCAAAAGCGGCCUUGGUUUGCCCGUUCGAGCAGCAAAUUCAUUAAAAUAUCUUUAUGUCAAAUGAAAGUAGAAAAACGUGUGGGAAAUUUGUCGACGCUGAUCAAAAAACCUGUUAAGUAACAAUGAUUAAAAGUGGUUAAUAAUUAAAAUGUAAUAUAAUGAAGAACUGGCUGCACGCGAUGCGCAAUUUUACUACUAACGUUACAUGCUGCGUUACCUGUUGCGUUACCACACCGACGAGAAAACACAUAUUAACCCGAAAUUUCCCUUGAACUGACAGUUUGUGUGGUUUGUUGCGCCAGAGAAGAGCUUGUAAAAUUGUUGCCAAGUUUACAAGUGUAUCCCUGGAAAAAUCAUGCUUGGAAAUAUAUUUACGUAUAGCAGUGUGUUGUAUUUUCUUCUCAUGCAGAAUUUAGCGGGCUUUGAUCAAACUUGCAACACAUGCGGUCAAAUAUAUUUCAACGUCGAACAUGGAGUGCAGGACAGAUUCUUGCAUGAUGGCCGAAAUCUGGCGACUAAGAUUGUUAAAAGCGACUCGGAAUGUUUCGUAGAAUGCUCGUUUGAUUGUCGAUGCAUGUCCUUCACUGUUUGUGAGAAUUCAUGUCAGUUGAAUGCUGGAAGUCGUAAGUUGGUGAAAAAAUCACUGCGACAUAAGCAUGGGUGUCGUUACUAUGAUCUUCCACCGUUUAAGGUGUAUAAGCAUUUCCAAACGCAUCUCUUCUUUUCAAUAUUUUACGCUAAUAUGCAUGCAGACGGGAGAGAAUAGUCGAGCACGCGAACAGUGCUCGGCAAGAAUAUUUAAAAUUAAGGCACAGGAAUUUUUUCGACAGAAGAUUUGUUACUUGAAAAUUUGAAGAAACACCUGCAGUAACACAUUUGUCUCACCAUGAUGUGUCUAUAUAACAAUUAGUAUUCGAGAGGUAUUUUUAUUCCUUAAGGUCAAAGCCAUGCUCAGUAUAUAAAAUUUAUGCAGACAAUGGCUGGGAUUUUCACAAUACUCUGCUCGUUUGCAGAAAAUUGCUACCGUCAGGUUAUGCACACAGGAAGAAGGUAUUUUUCCACCCUUGAACGCUACUUUCUGACAACAUGAUUUCACUAAAUACUAAUGCAUCUAAUGAUCAUGUACUAUAUAUAUUUCAUUUUGACCAUGUAAUUUCUCACUUUUCUAGAGUACAUGUGAUUCCUCAUCCAGCCCUCCAAGACUUUGCGGCUUGCCCUCAUCUCCAUUGUGUUAUAACGGGGCUACCUGUGUCGUCAAUGUCACUGACACGACCAGACCAUUCCAAUGCCAGUGCCCGACUGGCUACUAUGGAAACGAGUGUCAAAUAAAAAACCCGAAAACAUGUUUGGAUUAUUGGACUGACAAAGUCAAACCGAUGUCCGAAAAGUAUACGCUUGUAGACUCGAGCGGGAAAAUGUAUGAAAUCUUUUGUGAUUUCGACUCGGAGGAAGGCAUGGCGUGGACCCUCUUUGAAUCAUUUGAUCUGAAUCAUCACUUUUACCUGGUGGAAUAUUCGUUUACAGAAGAUUAUCCGAAAAACGACCAUAGUCUAAACUGGAAGCUUUUUCGCCUUCGAAAGUCUGUAAUGUCCGAAAUCUCGUCUCUUUCGACAUUUUGGAGGGCAACGUGUUCCUAUUCUGUGUAUGGUGUCGACUUUAGAGACUACAUCAGAGUACGACUAUCGAUAAUGGAUCCCUUAGCAUACGAUCAUAGUCCAGAAUGUUCAACUGUGGAUUACUUCGAUAUAAAAGGUACGAAUUGCAUGAAUUGCACUCAAAUAAUCUUCCAAACCAAUAAAAGAUGCUCCGUCUCCGACUUGACGUCAGUCAUACGAGUAAAUGUACUUUCGACACAUCAAAGGUCGAGCAUCAAUGUGGCAAUGGGCACUAUGCGCGACUUCUUGGCCGCUAUGACAAGUGUUCAGACCCGAAACACCGAUGUAGUGAGAAAAAUACGUCUACAACUGAAUUUUGGUUUGGUGCAGUAA